AUGAGCAUCGGCAGCGAGGCGAGCAUGACCGAAAUCACCGACAAGGACGACACAAGCGAUGGCUUGUGGCAGCAUUCCAACACGCAAACGGCAAAUGAUGACGAGCAAACAAAGAAAGAUACAUCCGGGGGCGACGGCGCUAUUGCUGCUACGCCAACUCAGCCGCGCGCGCCAAACGUCACCGACGCUACCAAUGCUGAUGGCGAACCCAAGAAGGCUGAGUUUGUCAAUCAGUUCCAGGAGAACCUCCGUCUCGAAGUAGAAGCCGAGAAGGAGGUAAGGGGAGCUACCGAGGAAGAGACCAAGGCCGCUGGUAUCGAGAACGACACACCUGAAAAGAGUCCAGAAAACAGCGACAUGGUCAAUAGCGCGAUUGUGACGCACAAAAGAAGGGUUGACUAUGCCGAUGGGAGAGCAAAAAAGUCCACUUCAGCAGUCAAAAUUCAGCGGAACCGCGCGGAUGAGGUUCUCGGCUCUAUGAGCGACAUCGAAAAGGCUAUGUUUCAGCUUUAUGAAUACAUCAAAGCUCAGAAUGAUAGCAAGAAGCCGCUCUACAUGUGGGCUACAUUUGGUGGCUACAGCUCGGUCAACGUUGCGCUCCUCGACCUCCACGAUAAGGCCAUCGAGUUUGAGGAAGCUCAUCGUUUACCCGUUGCCAAUGCUAGGAUAUUACUCAGCAGGGCCACCCAGAUCUCCCUAGCGGUCAGUCAGAUGGCUGUGUUCUGUAUGGGCGUGAUGGGAGAUAAGGUUACUAGCUGUAUCGACGAGGUUGAAGAGUCUGAUCUCAGCGCUGAGGGCAAAGACAAAGCCAAAGCUCUCAUCACAAAAGAGCUCAAGAAGCUUCUCAAAACUUGCGCGAAAGCCACAGAUCGAGUCUAUGUAGCGCUGGACCUGCUUCGGAGUUCACUACACAUCGAGGAAUCCUCUCAGAACCUUGAUAUCUCCAUCGUCAAGGACCUGAUUGCAGAGAGUACCCCACGCAAGAGCUGGUUGCGGAGUGUGACCGAGGUCGUUCUCAAAACAGUUAUGGGUGCUGCUGCCAGUAUCGCGGCGGUGCAGUUUUACAGCACUAGCGGCUUUGACCUGGCACUGCAGACCUACCCUUUCGGCACGCACUCUCAAGUCAUUUCCCUCGUCCAGCGUGCCCAAGCUGUGACCAACCUUACAGGCGAGAUCUAUUCCAUCAAGCUUGAGGAUUUGGAUCAGCGUUACAAGGAACUCGAAGCCGCCUCUGAAUCACAUAGUCUCCGAAUUGACAACCUAGUUGAAGCACUUGGUGUUCCCAACGCAGAGGGCACCUACUAUUCGUCAAUACUAAAAUCUGACUGCGAAGCUCUUAGCAAUGUCCAGAAGAUCUCUGCAGACGCCGAUCGCCAGAUUCAACAACUGCGUAGCGAACUGGCGACUAUGCGCAAGAACAUCCAUCGCAUGGAUAUUCGUCUCAUGAAGCGUCUCGAUAAGGUCGACCGACAUGGUUUGUAG